AUGGAUCUAGACAGAAAUAUUGGUAAGAAUAGAGGUAAACGCAUAAGGAUUGAAACAAGUUAUUUCUGGAAGGACAGCUAUUUAAGAUGUGUGGACGUGGACGAAUGCAAGGUGUUCUCUCCGUGCUCUCAGGGAUGCGACAACUUUCCCGGGACCUUCCGCUGCUACUGCGCCCGCGGUUAUUACCUUCGGCCGGACAACUACUCUUGCAAGGCCCAUGACCCUCUCCCGAGCAUCGUGUUCGCCAACAGAUUGGAUAUCAGACAAAUAUCUGUCGACGGCCACGAGUACUCAGCCAUCAUGGAGGACCUCCAGAACGCGAUAUCCCUUGACUUUCACUACUACCGCGACCUCAUCUUCUGGUCCGAUGUCAGCCUCGAUGUCAUCAUGAGGGCCUUCCUGAAUGGCACCGAAGUCACGGGCAUCGUUCGCUGGGGCCUAAGAAAACCAGGGGGCGUGGCGGUGGACUGGAUCAACGACCACGUCUACUGGAUGGACGGCAUAACCAAGAGGAUAGAAGUUGCAGAAUUAGAUGGCUCCAAUCGCCAUCCUAUCGUCUGGAGUGGCCUACAGAAGCCUCGGGCGCUGGUGCUCUAUCCACAGAAGGACUUGAUGGUCUGGACCGAUUGGGGUGAAAACGCGACGAUCGAGAGCGCCUUCCUUGACGGAUCUGGCCGCCGGGUGAUCGUGAGAGAAGGGCUGCAGUGGCCCAACGGCAUAACGAUGGACUACCCCACGGAGACCAUAUACUGGGUCGACGCUCGGCAGCACAAGAUCGAAGCGGCGUUGUUGGAUGGUUCGAACAGGAAAACGAUACUGGAGCGUAGUCUACCACAUCCCUUCGCCAUCACCGUAUUUGAGGAUAACCUGUAUUGGACGGAUUGGCGUACCCGCUCGAUCCACAUGGCCAACAAGAGGACAGGGAGAGACCACACCACUAUCCACCAGAGCCUCGCCUUCCCUAUGGAUAUCCGCAGGUGGGUAUUCGAAAGGGAAUAUCGUUUUCCAUUGGUGCUGAAGUGGCAUGGUAGUUAA